AUGGCAGCCGUCGCGCAGCUGCGCCGCGUACGCGACGCUACACGCGUCGCCUGGGCUGUGAUGAACCACACGCAGCCCACGAUGAUUGUUGGGGAGCAGGCCACCCGCUUCGCGCUCCAGAUGGGUUUCAAGGAAGAGAACCUGACCGCGCCGGCCUCACUGCUGAUGAUGGACGUGUGGAGGCGGAAUAGUUGUCAGCCGAAUUUUUGGAAGAAGGUGAACCCAGACCCUACCAAAAGUUGUGGACCGUACCAGCCUGCGUCCGCUAAAGAAAACCUCGAAAAAAUGGUGCUAUCAAAUCGGAUCAUCGAUCGUUUCCACCACGACACCAUCGGCAUGGUGGUGAUCGACGACAGCGGCGAGGUCUCAGACGGAACAUCUACCAAUGGUGCCCGGUACAAGCACCGUAACGAG